UAACUCUCUCUUUCACCUCCUUCCUUCUCCUUUCCCAUCUGUCUCUACCAACUUCUACUUUGUAGCAAUUCAGCAUUCAUCCUUUUUUAUUGUUUUCCUUCAUCUCACUUGAUCAGUUUGCACUUUUUUUCAUCUUGUUAUACUUUAUUUUUUUUGCACAUAAUCUUUGUCACACCAAGUCUUUUUACUCUACAUCUUGUUUCAUCAAUUCACCCAAGGACAAGUUUCAUUUCAGUUCCUUCAUCCUGAAAAGGUUGCCACAAGCCAGGACAAAAAGAACAAGGAUAGAUCUAUAGACGUUUGAUAUGAGCUCAGAAAAGCACUUGGGUUCGCUCCCAACAAUACAUCAUCAGCAAGGACGUGGGCGCUAUGAUGGUGUAACUUUCAUGGGUGUUUCAAUGAAGCAUUUAUCCCUUGUGGUCCUCUUGCUUCAGAACAGUACUCUGGUCCUGAUGAUGCGUUACUCUCGAGUCAAUGUGGAUCCCGAUCAACCUAUGUAUCUUGCCUCAACGGCUGUUUUUUUCGCAGAGAUCAUUAAGCUCAUAGCCUGUGUUGUUGUAUUGGCUUAUAAUGCAAAGUCCGUAUCUCGGGCUAUGUAUAUCAUUCGUAAGGACAUCCUGGAGCAACCACGAGAAAUUCUGAAAAUGCUUGUCCCAUCGGGUCUGUAUGCUCUCCAAAACAACUUGCUUUACGUCGCUCUUUCCAACCUUGAGGCUGCAACCUUCCAAGUUACCUACCAAAUGAAGAUUCUUUCCACAGCUGUGUUUUCAGUCUUGAUGUUGAACCGGAGAUUGACAAGUCAAAAAUGGUUUGCACUUUGUCUGCUUAUGGUCGGAGUCACAUUGGUUCAAUUACAGAACGUGGGUUCUGCUCGAUCUAGUGUUGUGACUGUGGAUACCAAGGAUGAGCUUGUGGCGGAAGAUGAAAUACUUGAUGCAGCUGUGAGUGAGAGUAUUGCCGAGGCAACUAACCAACUCAAUGGGGCUGAAGAAGAGACUGGUCCUGUCCAGAACCCCUUCAUUGGACUGUUGGCCGUGCUCACAUCUUGUGUCUCUUCUGGAUUCGCAGGAUGUUACUUUGAAAAGAUCCUCAAAGGCGCAGAGGCCGAUAUGUGGGUUCGAAAUAUUCAAUUGGGCAUUUCAGGAGCGCUCUUCAGCUUCCUCGCCAUGUUUUACGAUCGCCAAAAGAUUUAUGAGGGGGGUCUUCUUCAAGGGUAUUCACUUAUGACAUGGGUUGUAGUUGCAAACCAAGCCUUGGGAGGACUUUUAGUUGCCAUUGUCGUCAAAUAUGCUGACAAUAUUCUCAAGGGGUUUGCCACAUCUCUUUCCAUCAUCAUUUCUGGAAUUAUCUCGGUCUACUUUUUCGAUUUUGAACCAUCACUCCAAUUCCAGAUCGGAACAGUGGUUGUUAUUCUCUCCACCUAUCUCUAUGGUCGUCCUGACUCUCCCAUUCCUGGAUUCAUUCGCCCGAUAAAAAAGAGGCAGAGCAUUCCGCCACCACUCAAAUACCAGACAUAGACGAGAAAACCACGUUUUGCUGAUUAGUUUCCAAAAUCUCUUUCUCUCUCUCUCUUCUUGUCUCUCUACCCUUUUUUGCCCAUGAUUACAGUGGACUGAAUGGGUACCCUGGCGAAGAAGAAGAGGAGGAUGAGGAUGAAGAUGCAGGAGAGGCUAGGAUGUUACUUGGGAAGAAGGAAAAGGAGAGUCAUUUUAGAACGAAAGGAAGACCAAUUCAGGACAGAGAGGAGCAUCGGCCACGGAGGACACGAUCGUUUGUGGUGAACAUGGAUGAGAAGAAGCCACAGGAAAUCUGAUCAAUCAUGUUUUGCCUCUUUUACUUUCAUGGAGGAAAAAAAAAGAAAAA